CCGUUCCCCGGGGGCAUUUGGCUCUAGAGCUGCAGCUCCUCCGACGCUUCCCUUCUCCUUUGGGGGGAGCCAGUUACAACUGAUCAGGUCACGUGAACCGCGCAACGCAAGUCCUCUCCAUCUCGAUCCUUCUUAACAUGGCUUUUGUUAGCAGGGCUGUGUCGGUCUCCUCCCUGCUGCUUUGCUGGCUUUCCUUCGCCUGGGAGAGCAGCAGCGCUUUGCAUACCAAGGGCUCCCUGCCCCUGGAUGUCAUCACCUUCUAUAAGGUGAUUCCAAAGAAUAAGUUUGUCCUGGUGAAAUUUGACACCCAGUAUCCUUAUGGUGAGAAGCAAGAUGAAUUCAAAAAGCUAGCAGAAAGCUCAGCUUCCAGUGAAGAUCUGCUCAUAGCUGAAGUGGGAAUAUCAGAUUAUGGUGAUAAACUGAACACAGAGUUGGGUGAGAAAUACAAGCCGGAUAAGGACAGCUAUCCUAUUUUUUACUUGUUCCAGGAUGGGGACUUUGACAAUCCCUUACCUUACAGUGGCCAAAUAAAAGCCAGUGCUAUUCAGCGUUGGCUGAAGAGUAAAGGCAUCUAUCUGGGAAUGCCAGGCUGCCUACAAGAAUAUGACAUCCUGGCAGGCAAAUUUGUGAGCACCACUAAAGAGUUAGAGCGUCAAGCUCUUCUCAAACAGGGGCAGGACAGUUUAGCAAAAGCCAAGGAAACAGAGAAGAAACGGGCUGAGCAGUACUUGAAAAUCAUGAGUAAAAUCCUGGAGCAAGGAGAGGAGUUUGCUGCUAAUGAAGUUGUCCGGAUCACAAAACUGCUUGAGAAGAACAAAAUGAGUGAUGGGAAGAAGGAGGAGCUCCAGAAAAGCCUAAACAUCCUCGCCUCUUUUCAAAAGAAGAAUAGUGAAAAAGAAGAGCUUUAACUGGCUGGAGAACUUUGUACAAGCUGUGAAUUACUGGCACAAGGUCCCAUCCAGUUCUCCUUAUGCAAGCAAACUUCACUUUGACCUCCAGGGAGCAGCAAAAUUCCUUCUAGUGUGCUUGGUGCUUUAGAAAACUCAGAGGAAGGCAUGUCGUCUUUGAAAAAUGACAGUAUUCUGUAGUAGGGAUUCAAACAAUCACCUCUUAAAGUGAAACUGAUGUGUAUUUGUUGAUAAAUACUAUUACACACAGAAAUACAUUGAAAACAGAUUUCAGGUUGCAAAGUCAAGCACUCAAAAAUUUAGGAAAUAAUAUAAUUAAGGUUGCCUCUGCAGAAUUAGCCCUCCACUGCACUGAAUGGGGGUAGGAGUCCUGUGGAAAAAAUAUGUGAUCACGUGAUUAAAGACUAUCAUAAUGCACAUGCACAAUGGGGCUGAACUGAGGUUGUAUAGUAUCAGAGGGGUAGCCGUGUUAGUCUGGAUCUAUAAAAAGGGUAUUUCCUAACUUUUGAGUAUUUGGCUUUGCAGUCUUAAUAAUCUUUUAAUGUAGUUUUUGUGUAUGUAAUUUCCUAGAUUUUUUUUUUUUAAAAGCAAACUGAACAAGCAGAAAUCCUACCAUGUAGUGUUAUAUUGUCAUACACAUGGUUCAGCAGCAGGUUUGAAACCAUUAAAUCCACCACACAGACCUAGUAAGUGAUAGCGAUUUGCGGGUUGUCAUCCUCUAUGUGACCAGCACUAGAGGUGGAAGAUACUCUUUGCCAGUGAAUUUCAUAGAUAUUUGUUGACAGCAAAGAAUGCUGAGUGAGAUUCAGGAAUCUUGGGUUCUAUCCUAGGCUCUGGAGGGAAGUACGGUCUAGUGGGCACAGAACUUUUCUCCCCAAAUUUACCCCUUUCUGCCCCACCCCUGGCUGUUUGUUACAAUCUCUGCUCUUCAGGCAUCUCAUCCCCAUCUCAGUCCUUCCCCAGCAAAUCCUAGUUUUCUCCUACACCCUAGCUCUUUCUCAGAUCUGUUUCUUCUCCCCCAUUUCCCCCCACCCCCUCUACAUUGGUUCCUAGAUCCAGUUUCCACAAGCUCCUUGUCUGGUCCCAGUAUCCCUCCAUUCCCUCACCCUCACCCCCAGCCAACUGGCUUCUACUCACCAGCUCUCACUCUCAGCCUACCCUCCUCCUCCAAUUCCCAAUCCCAUCCUGGUGGCAGACUCUCAGUAGCGUAGCUAGGGGGACGCAGGGGGAGCAGC